AUGGUUUUAGUCCAAGAUUUAUUGAACCCCAACCCAGUCUCCGAGGCCAAGCAACACAAACUAAAGACUUUGGUCCAAGCUCCAAGAUCCUUCUUCAUGGAUGUCAAGUGCCCAGGUUGUUUUGAGAUCACCACUGUCUUCUCUCAUGCUCAAACCGCUGUAACCUGUGAUUCAUGCACCACUGUUUUGUGUACUCCAACCGGUGGUAAGGCUAGAUUGUCAGAGGGAUGUGCCUUCAGAAGGAAGUAA